AUGGUAUCCCGGCCUGAGAAGCACAAGAAAGUCUCCAGUUUACUGAGCUGGACGCGCAAUCCAGCUUCGUCGACAAGCCAGGCGACGAAAUCAGCUCCCGACGACUCGUCCUCAUUUUCGUCAAUCGGCAAGAGGACCCCCGAAGCCAUCCGCGAGCAGCUUGUGCGAACGUGGCAGACAGUCUGGGAAGGAUUAUACCAGCAGCAUCCACGCGCCAGCUGCUUUCGCAUUGAUGAGCUGCGGUUCCUAUGCUACGGCGCUGGUGCGACUCUCGACGAGGCACGCGCGAACCAGCUGCUCGGCUCUCUUGACGACGCCUUGGCCCACGGCCACUCCCGCUCACCAGGCCUGCGCUACAUUCAGCUCGAGAAGAACACCUCAAUACAACACAUAGACACUCUGUUUGAGCUACUCAACGCAUACAUCGCCGAGAUUGAAGUGGUUGAUAAGCUUGAGGCGCUCUUGAGAGACGCUCAGGUUGGCUUGCGGGAGCCGAAGAUGGAGGAUUGGGAACCAGUCAAGCAGGCCAUCCCUCCCCUUGUUGAGUCUGCAGGCCGGAAGAUUUCCCACUACAAUGCGAGGCUGCACCUCCUACAGUUGGACAUUGAGAAAGAAGCAUACACGCAGAGACCUGACAAAGCACCCGAGUGGGUAACUCUAGAAUCGCUAGCGUACCCUGGGAAGCACAUGAACUCGACGUCGUUCAUGCGGUAG